UCUGGAAAAGAUGAUGAUGAAAUCAUCAAAUUAAAACCAAAAAAAUCGAUGAUGAUGAAUGAUCCAUCACAAAAUCGAAGAUUAUCGUUGAAUGUACCAAAUGGUUCUUCGAAUAGCGGUGGUGGUGGCAGUGGAAAUGCAACCGGAUCAGGACGAACAAAAAUAGCAUUGAAACCAGGUUAUGGACUUAUGGGAUGGAUACGUUUUCAAUCGAAUGCCAAAAAUCUAACCAAUAUUAUUCAAUCUUCUGGCAGCAAUGAUCCACAUUUAAAUAUGAUAACAAUAACAGAAUUAUCUAAACAUGAUCAACCAGAUGAUUGUUGGAUUGCAAUACGUGGUAAAGUUUUUAAUAUUACUGCUUAUCUUGAUUAUCAUCCAGGUGGCCAAGAUGAAUUAAUGAAAGCUGCCGGUAAAAAUGCUACCAAUAUGUUUGAAGAUGUACAUGGUUGGGUUAAUUAUGAAAAUUUAUUGGAAAAAUGUUUUAUCGGUCGUUUGGUUGGACAUGAUUUUUGACUGAUAAAAAAUUACUUUCAUCAGUUUUUUAUAAAAAAUUGUUUCUAGGUUUCAUCAAAUUAUUGUUAUUAUUAAUUUUCUCCCGUUAACAAAUUGAUUUUUUCGGUAAUAAAAA